GAGGAGCUUGAGAAGAUGACAGAUCCACAACCAUGCAGAAUAAAGGAUGAAGAUACUGAGGAACAAAUAGAUACGAUGGGAAUACAUAUAAAUAAUUUACUUGAACUAAUAAAAGCUGAUGAAACACAUCAGCAUAUUAAAACAAUACAGAAAGGUGAGGACAAAAAGUGUGAAAAUAGUUUCAGUGAAGAUGGACGCCCUGUGGAUCACAAGAGGACUCACAGUGAGGAGAAACCUUUCACAUGUCAACAGUGUGGAAAGAGUUUCACCUCUCAAUGGAGUCUUAACUGGCACAGGAAAGUUCACAGUGGGGAAAAGCCAUACGCAUGCCAGCAUUGCGACAAGAGUUUUCCAGAUAAAAGUCAACUUAAGAUACACAUGAUGACUCACACUGAAGAGAAACCUUUUACGUGUAAUCUGUGUGGAAACAGUUUCAGAAGAAAACCUAAUCUUAACGCACACAUGAGGAUUCAUACUGGAGAGAAACCUUACGCAUGCUAUGAGUGUGGAAAGAGUUUUACAUUUGCAGGUGGCCUUAACAAACAUUCGAGAACUCACACUGGAGAGAAAGCAUUCACGUGUCAAUGCUGUAGAAAGAGUUUCACAUUUAAAACAGUCCUUAUCCGGCACAUGAAAACUCACAGUGGGGAAAAGCCAUAUGCAUGCCAUUAUUGUGACAAGAGUUUCCUAGAUAAAGGUAACCUUAAGGUACACAUAAGAAUUCACACUGGAGAGAAACCAUACAUGUGCCAUGAGUGUGAAAAGAGUUUUAAAACUGCAGGUGAACUUAAGAUACACAUGAGGUCUCACACUGGAGAGAAAGCAUUCACGUGCCAACAGUGUGGAAAGAGUUUCACUUUACAAGCGAAUCUUAUCCGUCACAUUAAACUUCACAGUGGGGAAAAGACAUACACAUGCCAUUAUUGUGACAAGAGUUUCCCAGAUACAACUCAACUUAAGACACACCUGAGGUGUCACACUGGAGAAAAACCUUACAUGUGUCAUCUGUGUGGAAACAGUUUCAGAAGAAAACCUAACCUUAACGCACACAUGAGGAUUCAUACUGGAGAGAAACCUUACGCAUGCUAUGAGUGUGAAAAGAGUUUUAAAACUGCAGGUGAACUUAAGAUGCACAUGAGGACUCACACUGGAGAGAAAGCAUUCACGUGCCAACAGUGUGGAAAGAGUUUCACUUUACAAGCGAAUCUUAUCCGUCACAUUAAACUUCACAGUGGGGAAAAGCCACACGCAUGCCAUUAUUGUGACAAGAGUUUCCCAGAUUCAACUCAACUUAAGACACACCUGAGGUCUCACACUGGAGAAAAACCUUACAUGUGUCAUCUGUGUGGAACGAGUUUUGCAACUGCAAGUUACCUUAACAGACAUAUGAAAAUUCACACCGGAGAGAAACCUUACACUUGUCAUCAAUGUGGAAAGAGUUUCACCUGUCCAUCGAACCUUAACCGCCACAUGAAAACUCACACUGGGGAAAAGCCACACGCGUGCCAUCACUGUGACAAGAGUUUCCCAGAUACAAGUCAACUUAAGGUACACAUGAGGUCUCACACUGGAGAAAAACUUGAAAGAGUUUAGGAGAUCAAAGUAGCCUUUACUCACAAGAAGUCACGAUGGAGUGAACCCUAACAUGUCUUUAGUGUGAAAUUGUUUUGCAAACGAGGGCGCUCUUAAGACACAUGACAGUUUACAGUGGAGACAAACCGUUCACAUGUCAUCACUGUGGAAAGAGUUUUACAAGAAAAGAUCAUCUUGAUGCACGCAUGAGGAUACACACUGGAGAGAAACCAUUCACGUGCCAACAGUGUGGAAAGAGUUUUUCAUGGGAAAGAAGUCUGAGAAAUCACCAGAGCUUUCACUCUUGAGAAAAGACAUUUGACUGAAUAAUGCAGUUAUGACUUUGAGUUGUAAUGUCAGAUGUGUUGUGGAAAGAGUUUGUCAAACAGCAUAUGUUUUAAAUGUUCAUAAACAUAAAUGAUAGCGUGAAAGCUCAUGUGUGCUUUAAGUGUGGUAAAACAUUUUGUUACUCUACUUCUGUUUCAUGUUUUGUUGACUACAGACCCUCUUGAAAACAAAUGCUUUAUUUUUCAUGCUUUUUAUUUUUAUUUCAUGACUUUAAUUUAAUUCAAAAAUCAAUUCUUUCUUUCACUCUUUCAGGAAGCAAGCCAUAAACAGCAACAGUAGUCAAGGCCUGUAAACAAAUUGCUAUUAGCGUGAG